UCGCAUUUAUGUUAAUGUAUGGAGAGCUUCGCUGUGAUUUAUUCCGUAUCUUAGAUCUUCGGAUUGCACAAUGUCUUACUUUCUACUUGGUAGCCUACACUGAUAUCAGUUGCCGAGAAACAGUAACAACCGAUUGCUACAAUUUACAAGACUGCGCAUGAGCGGAUGCUAUCACAAUUUGGAAACCGAUACCGUUCGUUCUCCAUUUUGGUCCAUAUGUGGGAUCAUUCGUCUGCGGGGUUUCUACGGCAUUUGAGCCACCAUGGCCUCAGUUUCAUCUUGAAAAAUACAAUCAGUCUACCACGUGAGCUUUGUUUACUUCCGUAAAAGCGUUCUGUGCGGGUCGGUGCACGUGUUCUGAGCCCCAAAAAUGUCCGAGGAUAGAGCACACUGAGUUCUUUGAAUCCCAUCUGGCUUGGUGAGGAUGGGUGCCUGGUGUCUGUCUUUCCUCGCAGACGGAUGUAGCACGAUGUUCGAUUAUGACAGCUAAAACAAGCUGAUUUCAUGAAGCCUACUUUCAGUUUCAUGGAUUUUCUGUAGCCUACGAAAGAUUUUAAUCGAGUCUUUAUCAUUGGUCAUGGCUGCCAAACCCUUCAGCCCAAAGGAGGUGAGGAGGAUCCUGGAUUCUCUGUCAAGGCCUGCUGUCUUUCUCCACAUGACUCAUGAUUGGCCAGUUCUCCACUGGACAGCAAACCACCUGUCAGACUGCCUUGACCAGAAGAACAUCCGAUUCAGACUGGGGGAAAAACAAGCAACACACACUCCUCUAUUUGAAACCCAGUGCUCAUAUGUGGAGGCCAGCCUUGACCAGUUCCUGUGCUGGACCAGUAAAGGGACUGGGACAGAGGUGGGGCUUUUCUCUGGCUAUCCUCUCUCAGAGUACUGGGCCUAUGCAGACUACAAAUACAUCGCUAUGCUAUUCCAAGACCAGCCGUCCAUGUUUGAGGACGUGGUGUGGUCUGAUUUUGGUUACCCGGGCCGGGCCGGUCGAGAGAGCACCCUGUGGAUCGGCACAGGGGGAGCCAACACCCCCUGCCACCAGGACACCUAUGGAUGUAACCUCGUGUUGCAGGUGCAGGGAAGGAAGCGCUGGACCCUGUUCCCCCCGGAGGACACGGCUCGUCUCUACCCCAGCAGGGUCCCCUACGAGGAGUCCAGCGUCUUCAGCCUGGUGGACGUCCUCCAGCCAGACCUGAGGAGGUUCCCUGCCUUCAGCCAGGCCAGGGCCCACACCGUUACACUGCAGCCUGGACAGGUCCUGUAUGUGCCCAGGCAUUGGUGGCACUAUGUGGAGUCUGUGGAUCCUGUAACAGUUAGUGUCAACUCCUGGAUUGAGCUGGACGUGGAUGACGAGGCGCGUGUAAACGAAGCCGUCACCAAGGCCGUCGUCUGUGCCCUGAAGACCACGCCCAGUAAGGACAACACUGACGACUGGCUCAACCCCACUGAGGAAGGAGUGUCCUCGCAUGGAGAGAACCUGCAGUGUCUGAACCUGGCGGUGCACACCUGCCUGCAGAGGAGAGAGAGGGGCCAGGGUGCUGAGCAGGAGCGCCCAGAGCCAGGAGGGGGCAGAGGGGCCAAGCGGGACUCUAGCGGACAGACCCGUGGCGGCGGCGGCGGCACCACACCCCUCACCAUCCCCUUCGGACCUCACCUCGUCCCUGUGCCAUCUAACCAGGACGGGCUACCCAAAUCAAAGGGACUCAACUCGAAAGACGGGGAAGACGGAUCCCCUAAGAGCUGCAUGGCCGACCCAAGCAAAGACCCGAGACCCAGAGUCUUGUCUGAUAGUGGUGAAUGUGGUUCUGGUUCCGACGACUAUUGCAGCCCGGGCAGAGACUGUGACUCCGGAGACGCUGCAGAGGCCUUAGGACGCGCCCCCAUCACCACCAACGACCUAUUAGAAUGCCUGGUGCACCCUGAUGUCAUCGCCCAUGUCACUAAGCUCCUGUUGGAGAGACAGAACAGACAAAACAAUGCCUGAACAUCUCAACCUUGUCUUCUGGUUAUGUAAAGGGUCAGUUAAAUAUAUAGUCGGUAUCUUUAAAAUGACAUUGUUUUUUGGGGAUGCUCAGGUAAAGAAAUAAGGUUUUCUAAAAACUUACAUUGAAUUAAUUGUUGAGUCACCUGAACCCCUGAAGUGCCUCAUCUUAUUGACUGAAGAGGCUUUGACUAGUAACACUGUCUCAGUCUCUUUGGAUUUAUAUGUUUUUACAGGGAAAUACUAGA